UUUAUUGAAAUGCAAUUACGAUGAACAUGUACUAGGAGAGUGCAUGCCAUAAGUUUCUAAAAUUAGAAUUUUUCAAUUUUUUUUUUCUCUUUACUUGUACUAUAAUGAAUGUAAGUGGAAUUAAUAUAUUCUUACUAUAUAUUUUUUCCUUUUUGACAAUUCCUUAACCAACUUUUCCCUUCUUUUACACCCUUACACAAAUAAAUUCAAAAGCGAAAUAUUUGGCUUAUCCCUUAACUCUCCGUAAGCUUCUCAACCUCCUUCAAACAAUCAUCUUCUCAACUUUAUUUUUCAUAUCCUUUCUCAAUAUUUUUUCUUUUACACCCUUACACAAUUGAAUUAAUAGAAAAUUAUCUUUACCUUAACCAAUAUUUUAACAGACUCAAAUCUAGAUACAAAAAAGUAUGCAUAGUUUUCAAUUUUAUGCACCAUCCUCCAAAAUUCGUCAUUUCCCUACAUCAUUCUCAAUUCUUCGUCGACAACAACAAAAGUCAAAGCCACAAUGGUGGACAAAGAUCCAUGAUCCUCGUAGCGAAUUCAUUACUAGUUGGAAUAACCUCUUCUUUAUAACAUGCCUAGUUACUCUAUUUCUUGAUCCUUUAUACUUUUAUGUUCCUACAAUAUGUGGUUACGCUUGUCUUAACACAAAUUUUGAGCUAUUAAUCAUUGUGACUCUUAUUAGAACCAUUUGUGAUUUCCUUUACCUAGUGCAUAUUUUCUUAAAAUUUCGAACUGCCUUUAUUUCAAGAAAUUCUAGAGUAUUUGGACGUAAGGAGCUUGUUAUAGAUCCUAAAGCUAUUGCUGCUAAGUAUUUAACGUCCGAUUUUAUAAUCGACGUUGCUGCAAUGCUUCCUUUACCUCAGACAAUGAUUUGGUUUAUUGUACCGGCAUUAAGAAGUGGAACAAAAGCUCAUACAAAUCACACUGUGGCUCUUAUUGUACUUGUUCAAUUCAUUCCUCGCUUGUUCGUAAUGUUUCCGUUAAACCGGAAGAUUGUGAACUCUACAGGAAUUGCAGCAAAAAAUGCAUGGUCUGGUGCAGUUUAUAAUAUGCUUCUCUUUAUAUUAGCUGGCCAUGUGAUAGGAGGCGUAUGGUAUUUAUGGGCACUACAACGAGUGCAUACCUGCUGGACAAUAGAAUGUUUAAGGCAAAGAAAUUCAAGAAAAUUUCCAUGCAAACCGUCAUUUUUUGAUAUAGAGAAUAAAAACCUACCGGCUCGAAAAAAAUGGUUAGAUAAAUCAGACGUUCUUACGAAUUGUAACCCUCGGAAUAAAGAUCAUAAAUUCACCUUUGGAAUGUUUGAUCGAAUUAUAACGGAUGAUGUUGUCUCUGCUGGUUUCACCCAAACAUAUUUCUACUGCCUGUGGUGGGGGUUGAAGACCUUAAGUUCUUAUGGGCAAAAUAUAGAAAAUAGCACAUACGUUGAGGAAACACUAUUUUGCAGUUUCAUUUGUGUGAUGGGCUUAUUCCUUUUUUCGCAUUUAAUUGGCCAAGUUCAGAAUUAUCUUCAAUCUAUAAUGACUAGAAUUGAAGAAUGGAGGAUAAGAAGAAGGGAUACAGAGGAGUGGAUGCAACAUAUACAACUACCAGAGGAACUUAGGGAGCGAAUUCGGCGAUUUGUUCAAUAUAAGUGGCUUGCAACAAGAGGAGUUGAUGAAGAGUCUAUUCUACAAUCAUUGCCCUUAGAUAUUCGACGAGAAAUUCAAAAACAUUUAUGCUUGGGUCUUGUCCGACGGGUUCCUUUCUUUGCACAAAUGGAUGAUCAACUAUUAGAUGCUAUAUGUGAACGUCUAAUACCAUCCUUAAGCACCAAAGACACAUACAUAGCUCGAGAAGGAGAUCCUGUUUCCGAGAUGAUGUUCAUAAUAAGAGGGCAACUAGAGAGCUCCACCACAUAUGGUGGUCGCUCGGGUUUCUUUAACUCUAUUACUCUUCGCCAAGGCGACUUUUGCGGCGAAGAGUUAUUAACAUGGGCAAUAUUACCAACAACUACAACUCUAAACCUUCCAUCCUCAACAAGAAAAGUAAAAGCCAUCACCGAAGUCGAAGCAUUUGCCUUACGAGCUGACGACCUUAAGUAUGUAGCAACUCAAUUUAAGCGUUUACAAAGCAAAAAGCUUCAACAUUCUUUUAGGUACUAUUCUCAUCAAUGGAGGACAUGGGGAGCAUGUUUUAUACAAGCUGCUUGGCGGCGUCACCAAAAGAGGAAGUUGGCUGAAGAUUUAGAAAGACAUGAAAAUUACUGCUAUUAUAUUAUGGAUGAUGAUGAUGAUGAAAAUAAUGAGGAUGAGAUCAUGUAUAGUGAAGGUGACCCAUUGAUUUUCAAGCAGAAUGAUGAACACAAUGAUGAAGAUGAUGAUAAUAAUAAACACAACCAACCACUUAAAGCUACAAUUCUAGCUUCUAAAUUUGCUACAAAUACUAAAAGAGGGGCAAAUCAAAAGGUGAAAAUUGUUGAUAGUUCUUCUCAUCAUGACCUAAAGAUGCCUAAGAUGUUUAAGCCAGAAGAUCCCGACUUUUUUUGA